CCCACCUGAGCGGCAGAGUUCUGCCCUGAUUAUCCCUAUUGCUCCAUUCUUUCCUAUUCUUGAAAAUGAAAAGAAUUAUUUCAUAUUUCCUUCUGCUGGUUGGACUUUUUCCUGUUUCAGCCAGAGAGCGAUAUCUUCCAAGAACACCUUUAAGUCAAAGAAAUGAUGCUACUUUUCUUGAAAACGUUUGCAGUAAUAAACGUCUUGACCUUGUGUUCAUCAUUGAUAGCUCUCGUAGCGUUCGCCCUUAUGACUUUGAAAAAGUGAAAGAGUUCAUCUUAACCAUCCUGCAGUUUUUGGACAUUCGUCCUGAUAACACUAGAGUGGGACUAAUCCAAUACGCCAGCACAGUCAAAAAUGAAUUUUCACUGAAGACCUUUAAGAAGAAACAGGAUGUAGCGAGAGCAGUGAGAAGGAUGAUGUAUCUUGCCACUGGAACCAUGACAGGAUUAGCUAUUCAGUAUGCAAUGAACAUUGCAUUUUCAGAAUCUGAAGGGGCUCGGCCACUACGUCAGAACGUACCUAGAGUUAUCAUGAUAGUGACAGAUGGGAGACCACAGGAUCCAGUUGCAGAAAUUGCAGCAAAAGCUCGAAAUUCAGGAAUCCUAAUAUUUGCUAUUGGAGUGGGAAGAGUAGAUAUGAACACACUAAAGUCAAUUGGGAGUGAACCUUAUGAAGACCAUGUUUUUCUGGUUGCAAACUUCAGCCAAAUUGAAUCACUGACUUCCGUGUUCCAAACUAAAAUUUGUGUCCAGCAUAUGUGUAGCAUAGCCGAACAUGGUUGUGACCAUUUCUGCAUCAACACUCCUGGCUCUUAUAUAUGUAAAUGUAAACAGGGAUAUAUUCUGAACUCAGAUCGGAGAAGCUGUAGCAUCCAGGAUCUAUGUGAGAUUGAAAAGCAUGAAUGUGAGCACAUAUGUGUGAAUACGCCUGGAUCCUAUGUCUGCCAAUGUUACGAUGGCUAUGAACUUGAAGAAGAUGGGAAGAAUUGUUUCAUUGUGGACUACUGUGCUUUGAAUAAUCAAGGCUGUCAACAUGAGUGUAUUAAUACUGAAGACUCUUACUAUUGUCAGUGCCAUAAGGGUUUCGUUCUAAAUCCAGAUAAAAAGACUUGCAAACGACCAGACCAUUGUGCUUUGCAAAAUCAUGGCUGUCAGCAGGAAUGUGUCAGUACAGAUGAAUCCUAUUUUUGCCAAUGCACGCAAGGAUUUACUCUUAAUCCGGAUAAGAGAACUUGCAAAAGAAUAAAUAUCUGUAGUUUGGGAAAGCACGGCUGCCAACAUGAAUGUGUUAGCGCUGAAGAAUCAUAUGUAUGCAAAUGCCAAACUGGGUACACACUGAACCGUGAUCGCAAAACAUGCAGAAGACUAGACCACUGUGCUGAGUUCAAUCAUGGGUGUGAACAACUCUGUCUGAAUACCAGAGAAUCCUACGUUUGCCAGUGCUCUGAAGGAUUCAUCAUUAAUGAGGAUCUGAAAACUUGUUCACGAGUGGACUAUUGUUUGCUGAAUGACCAUGGCUGUGAACAUUUGUGUGUGAAUACUGGGACAUCUUACAUCUGCCAGUGCACUGAAGGAUAUGUGCUUCAUAGUGAUGGGAAAACCUGCAAACAUCAAGAUGUCUGCAAGUCCAUCAACCAUGGGUGUGAACAUGUCUGUGUUAAUAAUAAUGAUUCAUAUACCUGCAAAUGCCAUGAGGGAUUUAUAUUAUGGAAUGAUGGAAGAACAUGUAAAAGAUGUACUGAAGGCCCAGUUGAUCUGGUAUUUGUGAUAGAUGGAUCCAAAAGUCUGGGAGAAAAUAAUUUUGAAAUUGUCAAGGAAUUUGUCUUGGGAAUUUUGGACUCUCUUACAAUAUCUCCCACAGCUGCACAUGUUGGUUUGCUGCAGUAUUCCAGUCAGGUCCGCACAGAAUUUUCACUGAAACAAUUCAACACAGCCAAAGAUAUGAAGAAAGCAGUGACACAAAUUAAAUACAUGGGGAAAGGUUCCAUGACUGGGCUUGCAUUGAAGCAAAUGACCGAGAGAAGCUUCACUGAAGCGGAGGGAGCCAGGCACUUCUCAGCAAAUGUUCCCAGAGUGUCUAUUGUGUUUACAGAUGGACGGGCCCAAGAUGAUGUUUCUGAAUGGGCAACUAAAGCAAAGCAAAGUGGAAUCACUAUAUAUGCUGUUGGAAUAGGGAAAUCAAUUGAGGAAGAACUGCGAGCAAUUGCUUCUAAUCCUGCUGAGAAACAUGUUUUUUAUGCUGAGGAAUUCAAAGCCAUGGAAGAGCUCAUGGAAAAACUGCAGAAAAGAAUCUGUGAAGAUCUGAAAGACUACCAGGAUGUUACAAGUGUGCUGCAUUCAGUGGAUUUACUUUCUGAAGAACCUGAAGCAUCUACCUUAGCAAUCACAGAUGUUCUUUCCUGUUCCAAUUUUGCUGUGCAUCAUAAAUAUCUUUUUAAAGAAAAACAGUUACGGACAAAAGCUUCAGCAAAUCCUUCAGAUGAUAAGAAAAACCCAUGCAAAUGUGAAAAUCUUAUCGAUUUCCAGAAUUUUGCAACUACUGAAGUUAGGAAACUAACUCAGCAACAUAUCCUUUAUAUAUAUAUAUAUUAGUUUUUCAUACAGAUU